CAGAGGGUCAUUGGCUUAGGGGCGAGGGACACUGAUCAAAGGUUCGCUAUCUGCAAACAGAUUGCAGGACAAUCAGUGAGAGAUACAUCAGGCAACAGGAGACAUGAGGCUUUGGUUUUCUGCACUUAUUGCCGUCGUGAUUUGUAAAACUGGAGAUGGGGUGGAACUAACUGGGCUCUACGGAAGAAUCACUUCUCCGAAUUUUCCGAAACCCUAUCCUAAUGACCAGACGAUCACUUGGACCAUUACAACCCCCAUAGGGCAUCGAAUUAAGAUCUAUUUCACUUACUUCAAUCUGGAGCUUUCGUAUCGGUGCGAAUAUGACUACCUCAAGCUCAAUUCAAAAGGGACAGAAGUGGCUCACCUGUGCGGCAAAGAGAGCACGGACACUGAGAAAGCCCCCGGAGACACCGUUUUUUACUCCCUCGAUAAUAAAAUGACUGUUACCUUCAGGAGUGAUUACUCUAAUGAGAAGGAGUUCAAUGGUUUUGAGCUUUUCUACACAGCUGAAGAUAUUAAUGAAUGUGAGAGUGACACAGAGAUUUGUGACCAUUUUUGUCAUAACUACAUUGGGGGACAUUAUUGCAGCUGUAGGCCUGGAUUCAGCCUUCACAGUGAUAAGAAAAUAUGCACGGUACAAUGUGGAAGCCCAGUUUACAAAGCAAGUUCAGGGGAGGUCACAAGCCCCGAUUAUCCGGGUGUAUACCCCAAACUCUCCAACUGCAAAUACUCCAUUCAAGCUGAAGAAGGCUUCUCCAUCCAUUUAAAAUUCCUGGACUUGAAUGUGGAAUCCCAUCCAGAUGUAUUGUGUCCUUACGACAGUCUGCAGAUCAAAGCUGGGGGGAAAGACUUUGCCAAACUCUGCGGAGACACUGUACCUGCAGAAAUGGACACCCGCAGCAAUAUGGUGGAAAUCAUAUUCAUGACAGACAGCUCCGGAGACCAUACAGGAUGGAAGAUUCAAUACACCAGCAAAGCUCUUCCAUGUCCCAAGCUUGUGCCGCCACCCAGAGGCAAUUUUGUGCCAUCAAAGAGCACCUACGUAGUGAAUGAUAAAGUGUCUGUCUUUUGCGAGGAAGGUUAUGUACUAAUAGAGAAUGAAAAAAAAGUUUUAUCUUCAUUCACCGCACUGUGCCAGAAGGAUGGAAUGUGGGACAAGUCGCUCCCAAAAUGUGAAAUUGUGAACUGCGGGAUGCCUGAAGAGAUAGAAAAUGGAAACUUCACAUUUUUAACGGAGAAAGACGUGACAACGUAUCAAGCAUUGGUGCAGUAUGAGUGCCAUCAGCCCUAUUACUACAUGAAAGAGGAGAAAGGUCGCUAUCGGUGUGGAGCAUUAGGAUAUUGGGAGGAAGAUUCUACUAAGAGCAGGGCACUGCCAAACUGUUUGCCAGAUUGUGGAAUAAAUGUGGAUUCAAAGUCAAUUCAGCGCAUUAUAGGAGGAAAAAACGCAGACCUGGGUAACGUGCCCUGGCAGGUGCUAAUAGAAACUGAUUCAAGAGGCGGAGGGGCUCUUCUGUAUGACAACUGGGUUAUCACAGCAGCACAUGUAAUGAAGGCCAAGGAUUUGUCAGAGUAUCGUAUAAAAAUGGGCAUGAUCAGCACUAUAGAUGAGAAUUCCUUUAAGGGUGUGGCAGAAGAAGUUUUCAUUCACGAACGUUUUGAUAAUACAACUUUCAACAAUGAUAUCGCCCUCAUCAAGUUAAAAAAUAAAGCCCCUCUUAGCAGGAACCUUAUGGCAAUUUGCCUUCCAACCAAGGAGGAAAGAUUCCGUAUCUCCCACACUGAUCAAGAUAAUCACAUAGGAUUAGUGGCAGGAUGGGGGAGCACUAUUGGAUGGGGGCACACUGCUGGGAGAAUCAAAACACGACUUUUAAAGUUUGUAGAAGUAGAGGUUAUUGACCAUGCAGUAUGCAAAGCACAAUACAUGAAGAUGGGGCGUAUUGUAUACGAUAACAUGAUAUGUGCCGGUGAUGAAGAAGGGGGAAAGGAUUCCUGCAAUGGAGAUAGUGGGGGUGCACUGGCAUUCAGAGAUCGCCAGACCAAAAAAUGGUUUCAUGGGGGGAUUGUAUCCUGGGGGGUAGAUUGCGGCAAAAAAGGCCAAUAUGGAGUUUACACAAAAGUGAGUAAUUAUAUCGACUGGAUAGAAGAAACUAUUCAGAAACAUGGGUAAACCCAUCCAAUUCAUACUGUAACCACAAGUGUAUUUGUAGUACUCUGUCUUAAUUCAACAGUUGAAGCAAUUAUCAACAUUUUCUGCCAAAAUAAGUAGACUAUGUAAAUUUGUUUUAA